GCCCGUCCCCGGGCGCGGUAAAAGCAUUUGAAUCCAGCCUGGUGGCCGCGGCGACAUCCUCAACCCUCACAAUCCUGAACAGCCUCAGCCGCCUCCUCUUUCUUUUACACCCCUGACGCUCCCGAAUCACAAGAGUGGAAACGGAGAAGCUCAAGCCGCCGCCAUGUCCGAGGCUUAUUUCCGGGUGGAGUCGGGUGCGCUGGGGCCUGAGGAGAACUUUCUUUCCUUGGACGACAUCCUGAUGUCCCACGAGAAGCUCCCGGUGCGCACAGAGAUCCCUAUGCCGCGCCUCGGCACUUUCUUCCUAGACCGGAGCGGAGGAACCGAGAAUGACAACGCGAUCCCUCAGGGCUCAAAGCUUGAACUCCCCUUGUGGCUGGCAAAAGGACUUUUUGACAACAAGCGCCGGAUCCUUUCUGUGGAACUUCCCAAGAUCUACCAGGAGGGUUGGAGGACCGUGUUCAGUGCAGAUGCCAACGUGGUGGACCUCCACAAAAUGGGGCCACAUUUCUACGGGUUUGGCUCCCAACUCCUGCAUUUUGACAGUCCAGAGAACACAGACAUCUCCCAGUCUCUCCUGCAGACGUUUGUUGGACGUUUCCGCCGCAUCAUGGACUCCUCCCAGAAUGCUUACAACGAAGACACUUCGGCGCUGGUAGCCAGGCUAGAUGAGAUGGAGAGAGGCUUGUUUCAAACAGGGCAGAAAGGACUGAAUGACUUUCAGUGUUGGGAGAAGGGGCAGGCGUCUCAGAUCACAGCUUCCAACCUGGUUCAGAACUACACGAAGAGAAAAUUCACUGACAUGGAAGACUGAAGGCCAGAAGAACACAGAAUUGCUCCCUGUAGACUUAUCCCUCUGUAUGUCCUUGAUAGGAGCCUAGCUGACCUUGUAUAGGGCCAGAAUCAUGUCCCAUCUUGUGACUUAUUCCCUGCAGCACUGUCGGGAGUGCUACCAUCUGGUGGGGAAACAAAAUGCUGGAGGAUGUCCCUGGCCCUGUAAGUCUUCCAGGACUAUCCCACCUGCUGACCCACAGACCAGACCUACUUAGCCCAGGAACCCACAGCCAAGGAGAAACCAAAGUCCUUCAUAAAUAAGGAUCAUGAAUACAUAUAUCGCAAUAGAGUUGGAACUGGGAUUCCUCGUGCCUGGGAGUUUGGACAGCCUUAGAUAUCCAGUUCACUAGCUCCAAAGGACGGGUGCAAAUGGGCCUUCCUAACCUGUUCACAAAAUGUCCUCUUGAGCUUAAUUGCCUCAUCUUCCUCAUGGUUGCACAAAGGACAGUACCCCCAGGAUGCUGGCUCUACUUGUAAAUAUCUCCUGCCACCUGCCUAUGAGGAGUUACCCAGUUUCAAAAAACAGUUGCCAAGAAUAAGGAAGGAGGGCUUCCCUGGUGGCGCAGUGGUUGAGAGUCCGCCUGCUGAUGCAGGGGACACGGGUUUGUGCCCCGGUCCAGGAAGAUCCCACAUGCCCUGGAGCGGCUGGGCCCAUGAGCCAUGGCUGCUGAGCCUGCGCGUCCGGAGCCUGUGCUCCGCAACGGGAGAGGCCACAACAGUGAGAGGCCCGCGUACCAAAAUAAUAAUAAUAAUAAUAAUAAGGAAGGAAAAUGGAAACCCCAGUGAGUGGCAAGGCUUUUACUAAAGAGAAGACAUUGCUUUCCUCUUCUGUGAGGAGGGCUUCAUGAACUGGACUUCACGCCUAGGCGGGAAAUGGUUAAACUGAGCUUGUUUUUGCCUCUAGAUCUAUAGAGCCCCCGCACAGUUAUUCCAUUCUCUCCCUAGGAAAGCUGUCAGGGAGUUGUUUGGAAUCGCAAAGUAGUUGUUAAAGGGUGUUAACCAGCCCUUAUUACAUUGAAAUCAGGGCUUCAGGGUUGCUGGUUAUGAAGAGCCCUGUUUGAGACGCUUAGCAUGGCAGAUGUGAGUGGGCAAGAGACCUCGGUCAUGGUUUUUUUCUCUUCAGUAAGUUUUGCAAUAUUAUUAUAUAACAGAUUCCUGACCAGUUACUGAGACUCUGUUUAAGCAACCACAAAACUCUUUCCCUGGAGAUCAAGGAGGAAACCUCAGGCAGAGUAGGAAACAGCAUCCCUGGGACCCACUGGACUUUCUGAAGGGCAGUUAUCACCACACCAUGGCUCCCCUCCCAACUUCCCACAACUAGUGAAAAUUGCCUUUGUCACUGGAAAUUACAGUGGGAUUUGGGUCUCCAGGUUGUACAGAUGUCUUAAUGCAAACUUAGAAUGUCAGAAAUAUUUUUUAAAUGCCUGUUUUAAGAUGGAGCUGAUGUUUUUAUAAUGUGAUUUUGGUGCUAAAUAAAUGAUCCACUUUGCACAUGAAUACAUUCUGUACAAGUACUAUUUCUGUAACUCGAGUACUACAGAUGAUCAGGCAAAGCUAUCAGAGAAUUUUGUCUUUGAUAGUAUUUGACAAUAAG